GUUUUUGUUACAGGAAUUGCAGAGCUCAGGAAGAGGACGCUUUGUACUGGAACAUGCUGCUCCCUUCUCUGCGUUUUUGACAGACAGCUUUGGGCGGCAGCACAAUUACUUGCGGAUUUCUUUGACUGAGAAGUGCAACCUCAGGUGUCAGUACUGUAUGCCUGAGGAAGGUGUUCAGUUGACUCCAAAAUCAGAGCUACUAACUACCCAGGAGAUAAUCACCCUAGCCAGACUGUUUGUGAAAGAAGGUGUGGAGAAGAUCCGACUGACAGGUGGAGAGCCACUUAUCCGUCCUGAUGUGGUGGAUAUUGUGGGUCAACUGUACAAGCUAGAAGGGCUGAAAACCAUUGCUGUCACAACCAAUGGGAUCAACUUAACCAGACUGCUGCCCCGACUGAAGGAGGCAGGACUGAAUGCCAUUAAUAUUAGCCUGGACACUUUGGUGCCAGCUAAAUUUGAGUUCAUUGUCCGAAGGAAAGGCUUUCAUAAGGUAAUGGAAGGAAUCCACAAAGCUACUGAACUUGGCUACUGUCCUGUUAAGGUGAACUGUGUGGUGAUGCGAGGCUUCAAUGAUGAUGAAGUGCUGGACUUUGUGGAUUUUACAAAGGAUCUGCCCCUUGAUGUGCGGUUCAUAGAGUACAUGCCCUUUGAUGGUAAUAAAUGGAACUUCAAGAAGAUGGUGAGCUACAAAGAAAUGCUUGAUACAAUUAAACAGCGAUGGCCUGAAUUGGAGAAAUUACCCUGUGAAACUUCCAGCACAGCCAAGAGUUAUAAGGUGCCACAUUUCCAGGGACAAAUCAGCUUUAUCACCUCCAUGUCAGAGCACUUCUGUGGRUCCUGCAAUCGGCUGAGGAUAACAGCAGAUGGGAACCUAAAGGUGUGCCUUUUUGGGAAUUCUGAAGUGUCCUUGAGGGAUCACCUACGGUCGGGUGCCUCAGAGGAAGAGUUGAUUCAAAUCAUUGGAGCAGCAGUGGGAAGAAAAAAGAAACAGCAUGCUGGCAUGUUUAACAUUUCCCAGAUGAAAAACCGGCCAAUGAUCCUGAUUGAGYCUGCAUUGAUGUCAUUCCCACUGUGCCAAGAUGCCCCACAGAACCCCCCAAAUUUAAAACAGUGGGGCCACACAUUUAGCCACUGGCUGACUUUGAGAGCAAGUUUACCCAAACAAAAGAGAAAAGCAUCAAUGAAAAAUAAGCUUAUAGGACAACUUUUCCUGCCAGGAUCUCACACAGAGAAACAGGGGCAUACAGCAACAGAAAUUCUACAAACCCAGCUCCGAGGCUACUGUGUCUUCCAGAAGGAUGCAAGCUCCACAUUUGAUGCAAAGUGCCUUGAUGCUUCUGUUGGCCAAGUUUCUGUGGACUGUCAGUCCAAAGAGGCACAUUCAGGAUCUCAAUUCCAUACCAGGGAUUCGGGAUCUUGCACCAAGGUUCCUCGUGCCUCUGACAGCUUGACUCACACUGAUGACGAAGGACGGGCCRCAAUGGUUGAUGUUGGAGGGAAGCCAGAUUCCAGAAGAAGUGCUGUUGCUGGUGCCGUGGUCCUCCUGGGUGAGAAGGCAUUCAGGAUGGUGAGGCAAAACCAGAUGAAGAAAGGGGAUGUGCUGGCAGUAGCCCAAAUUGCAGGAAUUCAGGGGGCCAAGCUGACCAGCCAGCUGAUCCCUUUGUGUCACAACAUCCCCUUGCACCAUGUUGAGGUGUCUCUGAGCUUGGAUGAGGCCAGGCAUGCAGUGGUGAUUCGCAGCUCCUGUCAGAGCUGGGGGAGGACAGGGGUGGAGAUGGAGGCUCUCACAGCUGCCAGCCUGGCUGCACUGACUGUGUACGACAUGUGCAAAGCAGUCACACAUGACAUCAUCAUCCAAGAGCUGAAGCUGCUGAGUAAGACAGGUGGGCAGAGGGGAGACUUCUCAAGGGUCUAAAUAAUAUCCAGAUACCUCCAGCCCUCCAAGUGACCAUUGCACCUGUUCAGCCUCUGACAGAAGUCCUUCUGCUCAGCUAGUGGGCUUGGAGRCCUCAGCAGAUGUGUACAGUACAGCAUUGCCAUGUCUCCAGCAUUGCCUUACUCUGUCAAUUCACUGCUGGGUGAGCAGCAGAGCCACUUACCCCUUUUAAAAACCACGUGUGUUUUCUAGAGGACAGACUUCUCCACUCUGCCAAUAUCUCCAUUUCAUGUCAGAGUGAGGAAAGAUACCACAGAGGUUUUUGGGUUUUGUUUUUGUUUUCUUGCCUUUGUGCUGUGAAAUACACCUGCUGUCAUCAUGCCAUACAACUGUGAGCUCUGGAAAUGAAGCAACUGCUGAAAGUGCAAUAUUUGGCAACUAUUUUUAAGUCAAGGAUUAAGAUUUCAGAAUUGUGUCCGUCCAUUUUUCUCCUGACCUCCUUUGUUGAAUUUAGAGGAUAACAGAAGAGCACAGCUGCUGAACUUCACCAUACAGCAGAGAUUAUGAAUAUGGAACAGUCAGGGUCAAGGGGCAACUCCCAUCCCUUUGCAGUGUUACCGCUUCCCUUCACAGAAUCAAAGAAUUCCAGAAUGGGUAAGGUUGGAAAGGACAACAGUAGGUCAUCAAUCUCCCUGCUCAAGCACCCAGACCACAUGGGA